GCUUUACCUUUCCCACACACACUUCUCCUCUCUCUCUCUCCCCUCAGCUUAGCUUUCCCUUUCUCUCCUUUCUUCUUCACAGUUUUUUUUUUUUUAUCAGCUUGAAUUUUUCCAUUGCCAUGGACACUGCUCAAUGGCCUCAGGAGUUUGUUGUGAAGCCAAUGAACGAGAUCGUCACAAACUCAUGCCUGAAACACCCUCCUCCUCCUCCUCCUCCUGCUACUCCCGCUGAGAGGAAGGCACGACCCGAGAAAGACCAAUCUUUCAACUGUCCUAGAUGCAACUCUCUCAACACCAAGUUCUGCUACUACAACAACUACAGCCUCACUCAGCCCAGGUACUUCUGUAAGGACUGCCGCAGGUAUUGGACCCAAGGUGGUUCUCUCAGGAACAUCCCCGUCGGUGGCGGCAUCAGGAAGACCAAGAGAUCUUCCUCUUCCCCCUCCUCCUCCUCCUCCUCCUCUUCACCCAAGAAACCUCCUCUUGCCAUCAACACCAACUCACCUGCGCCGAACCCUAAGACUGGUGAAGCCGCUGCUAAAGUUCAAGACUUGACCUUUUCUCCGGGGUUUGGGAAUGCCCACGAGGUUAAAGAUCUCAACUUGGCGUUUUCUCAAGGGUUUGGGAUUGCUUAUCAUCAACAUCACACUAUUCCUGAGUUUCUGCAAGUAACACCCAGCAGCAGCAGCAUGAAGAACAACAACAACCCACUUGUCUCAACCUCCUCGGCUUUGGAGCUUUUAGGGAUCUCCGCUUCCUCUAACUCUCGCCCUGCUUUCAUGUCUUUCCCAAAUGUUCACGAUUCAUCCGUCUACACAGCAUCUGGGUUUGGUCUCAGUUACCCACAGUUUCAAGAGUUCAUGAGACCAGCUUUGGGGUUCUUUCUUGAUGGUGGGGAUCCUCUGCAUCAAGAAGAGGGGUCCAGUGGCACCACUACUGCUACUACUAAUAGUGGAAGGCCUUUACUGCCAUUUGAGAGCCUGAAGCUUCCAGUAUCAUCACCAAGCACCAACAGUGGUGGCAAUGUGAAAGAGGAUGAUGAUCAUAGUGAUCGUGGACAGGAGGAGAAAGAAGAAGGAGAAGCUGACCAGUCUGUUGGGUUUUGGAAUAUGGCAUGUUAAGUGCUGGUACUACUUCUGCUGCAUCUGGUGGUGGUGGAUCCUCGUGGCAAUAAUUAUAGUCCAAGGAGUGAGUACCCAAGAUACUUUUUUGAAGACAAGAGAUUAUAAAUUUUUCAUCCAAAUUUUAAAAGAUGGGAGAGGGUUAAACUUCAAUCUGGGUGUUUACUAUUUUGGUUUCUCCUUUUUUCUAAAAACUAGUAUUAAAUAUGAAUUAACUUGGUUGGGUUGGGGAUGGAUAGUGUACGUAUUUUGAACUCUUUUGAAUCAAUCUCAGCUGUUCGUUACCUAAAUUUAUGACAUCUCAAGAUUUGUUGUCUA